CUCUGUCUCUCUCCCUCUCUCUCUCCUCUCCUCUCUGUUUCUCUGCCUCUCUUCUCUCAGCUUUCCCUGGUUGCUACAGCUGGGAUUCUGUUACUCCUGAGCGUGAGUGUGUGUGUGAGUGUGUUUGUGAGUGUGUGUGAGUGUGUGUGUGUGUGUGUGUGUGUGUGAGUGUGUGUAUGUGAUUGUAGUCCUCCUCCUGGCUCUGACCCUCGUGGUACAUUGCUGCACCGCUGUCCCACAAUGCCGUGCUGCAGGCCUGGCCGCUAGGCAGAGUCAGGAUGGACAGAGUGCUGUCGGGGCGGGGCAGCGCAGAUCAGACCACACCCCCGCGGACGGGCAUGCUCAGUGACGCCGAGGCUGUCGAUGGGCGAGGACGCUGACACCCGAAAAAUCAACCACAGCUUUCUGCGAGACUACGUAACAGAAGCUGAUGUCAUUUCCACAGCAGAAUUCAAUCACACAGGAGACCUGCUGGCAACAGGAGACAAGGGAGGACGUGUGGUCAUCUUUCAGAGAGAGCCAGCGAGUAAGGCGGAGUCAUGUUGCCAUGGUGAGUAUAAUGUGUACAGCACCUUCCAGAGCCAUGAGCCGGAUUUCGACUAUCUGAAGAGCCUGGAGAUCGAGGAGAAAAUCAACAAGAUCCGCUGGAUCCCGCAGCUCAACGCUGCUCACUGCCUGCUGUCCACCAACGAUAAGACCAUAAAGCUGUGGAAGGUGAGUGAGAGGGACAGGAGGCCGGAGGGCUACAACCUGAAGGAUGAGGAGGGGAGAGUGAAGGACCCGUCCACUGUGACUGCCCUGCAGGUCCCGGUUCUGAAGCACACAGAUCUGAUGGUGGAGGUGAGUUCGAGGCGCGUCUUUGCUAACGGCCACACCUUCCACGUCAACUCCAUCUCCGUCAACAGUGACUGCGAAACCUACCUGUCCGCCGACGACCUGCGCAUCAACCUGUGGCACCUGGACAUCACAGACCGCUGCUUCAACAUUGUGGACAUGAAGCCGCUGAACAUGGAGGAGCUGACGGAGGUGAUCACCGCGGCGGAGUUCCACCCGCAGCACUGCCACCUGUUCGGCUACAGCAGCAGCAAGGGCAGCAUCCGGCUCUGCGACAUGAGGGCCGCCGCGCUGUGCGACCGACACGCCAAGCUGUUUGAGGAGCCGGAAGACCCCGGGAGCCGCUCCUUCUUCUCAGAGAUCAUCUCCUCCAUCUCAGACGUCAAGUUCAGCCACAGCGGCCGCUACCUGCUCACCCGCGACUACCUGACCGUCAAAGUCUGGGACCUCAACAUGGAGAGAGGCCCCAUAGAGACGUACCAGGUUCAUGACUAUUUGAGAAGUAAAUUGUGUUCGCUGUAUGAGAAUGACUGCAUCUUCGACAAGUUCGAGUGUGCCUGGAACUCCACAGACAGUGUCAUCAUGACGGGCACCUAUAACAACUUCUUCCGGAUGUUUGACAGGGAGAGUGGGCAGGACGUGACCCUGGAGGCGGUGCAGGACAGCAGCAAGCCGUGCGCGGUGCUGAAGACUCGCCGCAUCGGCAGCGACGGGAGACGCGGCGGGAGACGCCGCAGGGACGACGUGUCCGUGGACAGCCUGGACUUCAGCAAGAGGAUCCUGCAUGUGGCCUGGCACCCUGCUCACAACAUUAUCGCCAUUGCCGCCACCAACAACCUCUACAUCUUCCAGGACAGGGCGGCCCCCAACAUGUAGUGACGCUACCGUCCUGUGGGGGGGGCGGAGACAGGCCGGGAAAUGGCCCCUCCUCUUCCUUGCACUGACACUAAGGCUCUGCCAGCAGCGCUGUGAACUUACAGAGAAUCAUUAUUAGAUUAGACUGCUCUGCAGCCCUAAUAUCAGUCAUUCUGUCUGUGUCUGAGGAGUCAACCCGCAACACUCUGAGUCCAGAGUCUGGUACUCUGAUAACACCGAGCUGCCUGGUUCCCUGUGGGGUACAGUGUGUAGGGUUUACUGUGUUGGGUACACUGUGUAAGGUUCACUGUGUGGGGUACACUGUGUAAGGUUUACUGUGUUG